CAUAUAAACCAAACAACCCUCCACACCCUGCAGUCUCUGGAAGUUCCUCCGCAUUCCUGCCAUAUACACACACACAGACACAUACAUACUCACAGAGGCUGGGUAAGUGUGUGCAGACAGUGAGAGUGUACAGGAGUUUGGAGGGGGUGUGGGCCUGCUGUAGGACCAGAGACCAGAACCUCAUCAUCAACGUCCCCUGCCAGUCUCAGCAUGAGUAAGGCAGACGGUGAUGAAGGUGGCGGUGGCAGCAGUGAAACAGCCCAGCAGCCGGAGGAAAAGACUCCAGCGGAGGGGCUCCUGAGCAAACUGAGUGCUGCCACCAUCGGACCAGGCUGGACUAAAGUCAGUUGUCCCUGCUGUGUGUCGGAGCGGGUCGAGCCGCUGGUUCUGGUGAAGCUCGGAGAGAAAGUUCGCCCUGAGACGAAAAGGUGGCUCAUCAAAGUGAUCGGAGCUCCUCAGAAAGAUGGAGGUGCUGGUUUAUUGGCCCAUCCGGGCGAGGAUGCCAGUGGUGACAUCAUUGUGGUCUCUGUCCCACGCUGUACGUUACUUAAAGCCACUGAAGAGCUGGGUCUAUGUAAGACUUACCGCAGCGGGGACAUGGAGGCCUUCUCCUACCACGACAGAGACAACUUUAAAGAUUCAGACAACAUGGAGGUAUUCCUGACCCUGGCGGAGCGGCAGUACAUAGUGAAAUAUGAACUGGAUGGUCUGCGAGCGCAGAGAGACCUGAGGAUACCCGGCCUGUCUGACAGCUACACACUGCAUCACCGUGACAACAUCUGGCAGAAGCUUGUGUCAGCUGGUGUUAUUGUGGACUCGUUUCCCCUCCACAACCCGGACCAACUGAAGGAUCUCAGUGAGGCCUGGUACUCUGGGAAUCAGCUGGCUCAGCCGCUGGAUGCAGUCAAUGGGUAUUUUGGAAGCUCUGUGGCUUUCUACUUCAGUUUCCUCGAUUUCUACACGUGGUCUCUGCUCCCACCAGCGAUACUGGGCCUGGCCAUCACAUACUUCUCAGGUGAGGUUCAGAAGGAGAUGGAGGAGUCAGUCUCGGCCUCACCGGUCACAGAUGUAGAAGAGGACUCAGGACCAACCGUCGGCGGUCACAUGAUCCAGGCGGUCUUCAGCAUGCUUUGGUCCACGGUGGUUAUGGAGAUGUGGAAGCGUCGGAGCUCCACCCUGUCCUACCGCUGGGGGACCCUGCACCUCGCCGAGCGCUUUGCAGAGCCCCGACCCGGUUUCCACGGCGACGUCGGGGUCAACCCUGUGACGGGUCGCAUGGAGCCUCUCUUUCCUGAAUGGCAGAGGGACCUGCGCAUGGCACUGGUGUCGGUCCCGGUGGUGGGGCUCUUUCUAGGGUUGGUGCUACUGGGUAUGCUGGGCUUCUACUGGGGGGAGGCCCAGGUGCAACAGCUACACACAGACUGGGACUCCCUACUGUCUCAGACUUUGAUCUACAUGCCCUCAGUGCUUCACAUCCUCUACACUAAUGUGCUAUCAACUCUUUACAGGACGGUGGCACAGUCUCUGACUGAAUAUGAGAACCACAGAGAGCAGUCUGCCUUCGAGAACCAUCUGACAGCCAAAAUCUUGGUGUUCACCUUCUUCAACUACUUUGCAGUGCUCUUCCACAUCGCCUUCUUCAAGCAGGACGUGCCUUUGCUUCGUAAGCGUCUCGCGUCUUUGCUGAUAGUGACCCAGCUGAUCAACCAGGUGACAGAGGUGGUCAUACCCUUCUUGGUGGACCGGUUCAUCAGCGCCCCCCGUAGGACAGAGAGUGAAGACGACCCACCGGAGGACAAAUUUAGGAACCAAGGCACCCUGCCUGUUUUCCCUGGCUUGUUUGCAGAGUACAUCGAGCUCCUUGUGCAGUUUGGGUAUUUGAGUCUUUUCUCCUGCGUGUAUCCUCUGACGGCCGUGCUGCUGCUCAUCAAUAACCUAACGGAGAUCCGAUCGGACGCCUACAAGAUUUGCAAACUCUUCCGGAAACCCUUCUGCCCCCCUGUGGCCAACAUGGGCGUGUGGCAGAUUGCUUUCGAGGUCCUGAGUUUUGUCUCUGUCGUGUCCAACUGCUGGCUGCUGCUGCUGUCCCCAUGGUUACAAGAGCUGUGUAAGGGGGGCGGGAUGAACAGCACAAACGUCCUGCUGUUGGCUGUUUUGGUGGAGCAUGUGCUGAUCUUGGUUAAGAUGGUUAUGGCGGUACUGAUCCCUGAUGAACCGGACUGGAUCCGUAAAAAGAGAGAGCAUAUUGAGUACACAUCCAUGCAGGCCCUGAGAGAGCAGAAACUGCAUUCUGAGGAGUCUUGAUUGCGUUGAGGUGUUGCUUCAUGUAGUCCUGUGCUGGGCUGCUAUAACCAGAAGAAUAGUACCAACCUCAGUGUUGUGUGGACCCACAGAGGAGAAGAGGGUCCACAAUGCAUACUGCUGUGCCCCUAAUACCGCCCCUGUACACUUUAGUGUUUCUGCUGAUCUCACUAAUUAACAUGGUGCUUCUGCAAUGUACGCCAUUUGAAAUGCACACUGAUAUUACAUGUACAGUGCAAGUGGAAUUGAAACAGCUGCUACAUUUUUUUUUUAAAAUAUUAGACUGCAAAUGGAAUGUAUUGGUUAUGUGUGCAGACGCCCUUUAAAAAAAGACUAUGUUAUGAUAACGGAGGUUCUCACAGGGUUUGUUCAGAUUUAAUGAGGGAAAAGUGAAGUGCUCUUGUAAACUCACUCUGGCUACAGCAUGUACAGUCAAUAUUUAAAGUAGUAAGGGACAGACAGGACGGAGUAUUUGAUGUGACAGGCGGUCAAAGGCAGAAAGUGACAGUAUACUUGACAAAACAUUUUUUUUGCCUGGAGUCAGGAGCGUUUUUGCUCAGAUUACCUAGUGAUAAGCUACAGUUAAUGAUCAGGAUUCAUAAUUAGAGGACAGUAUCAUCACUGGAGGGAUUAGGCUAUAAGAUAAGAUAAAACGACAAAACUGCUGUGCAGCAGUUGCAUUACAAAAUGGGAAGAGUGCAAGUAUAAAAGUCUUUAAGUCUAUAAGACAAAAAGCAACACAUAAAUGAAAGUCAGUCUUUAAAGCUACUUUAAAAGUGCUCUAUUUGAUAUCCAGAGCAUUAAUAUAGCAGCAAACAGCUAUUGUCUAUGUAAAGAUAUAGAGCAGUAAUGUCUACCUGAGCAGAGAGUGAAGCCACUCUCUCUCUGUGUGUGUUGUAAUCCGAGCUUCUCUGUGCUUUGUUGACAUAGCCGGGCCGGCCGUGCGUGCCUUCUAGUGCAUCUUCUGCACUUCUCUCAUACGUCGGUUACAGCUGAUAACGCCGUCCCAGCCAACAGUGUCAUCGUUGAAGCAUAGCGCCCAGCCACCGGUUCCCCCUCAGGGGAACACUGUUAGUUCCAUCAGCACUGUUACCAUUGUUGGCACUGUUAGCUGCGUGCUGCCGGCUCAGCUGUUGCCAUGUUGAGAGGCAAUAAAUAUGCUCUGAAUUUCACUUUUAGCACCUUUAAAGGUGCUAAAUUCGAUAUCCAGAGCAUUAAUAUAGCAGCAAAACACAAUUUGCUAUG